AAGCGCAAGAACCUCUGGAACUUUCUCUAUCCUCUCCCGGCUCUCUAUAUCUUCUUCCUCGCUGCGUGGCCUCCCAGACUCACAGUAGCGUGGUCUCCUCGUGCCAGUCCUCUGCUAGGGUUUUUGCUCUGCCUCUCGGUUUUCCAUUUCCAGCUGCCCUCUGCUCCUUCAGAUCUUCGAAACCAUGGGGAAGAGCUAUCCAUGUGUGAGCGAGGAAUACAAGAAGGCUGUUGACAAAGCCAAGAAGAAGCUCAGGGGUCUCAUUGCUGAGAAGAACUGUGCCCCUAUCAUGCUCCGCCUCGCGUGGCACUCAGCUGGCACCUACGAUGUGAAGACAAAAACUGGUGGUCCUUUUGGUACAAUGAGGUACUCUGCAGAGCUCUCCCACGGGGCUAACAAUGGCCUUGACAUUGCCGUCAGGCUCUUGGAGCCCAUCAAGGAGCAAUUCCCUAUCCUCUCUUAUGCCGAUUUCUACCAAUUGGCUGGUGUUGUUGCUGUGGAGGUCACUGGUGGACCUGAGAUCCCAUUCCACCCUGGAAGAGAGGACAAACCAGAACCACCCCCUGAGGGCCGUCUUCCUGAUGCUACUAAGGGUUCUGAUCACUUGAGAGAUGUCUUUGGCCACAUGGGUCUCAGUGACCAGGAUAUUGUUGCCCUCUCUGGUGGCCACACCCUGGGAAGGUGCCACAAGGAGAGAUCUGGAUUUGAGGGACCUUGGACCGCCAACCCCCUGAUUUUUGACAACUCCUACUUCAAGGAAUUAUUGAGUGGAGAGAAGGUAGGUCUUCUUCAACUGCCAUCUGACAAGGCGCUUCUCUCCGACCCUGUUUUCCGUCCUCUUGUCGAGAAAUAUGCUGCGGAUGAGGAUGCCUUCUUUGUUGAUUACACAGAGGCACACCUGAAGCUUUCUGAACUCGGAUUUGCUGAAGCCUAAGGCUGCUGGACUGAUCGAUUGGUGAUGAAGAGUAUAUGGUAUCAGGAAGUCAUUGGUUGAUCUGGAUGCGCUGGAGAUGUUUAGGUCCUUCUGCUGGGCAUAUUAAUGAAGAGAGAUAAGAAAACUAGACUGAUGUUGCAAUGAUCUUCUGGUUCGAAUAAUACAUUUGUUCUUGAGACCAUUUUCAUCU